AUGGCACGACAAGUAUUCAUGAAUCGCCCAAAUGCAUGGCGAACCUUGUGGGGCAGGUCUUAUCAAUCGACACCAUUUAUUCGCCAUAGUCAAGGGCAUACCGUACCACGUCAAUGGCGCUGGUCAACCGCAUGGGUGCUCGGUGUGACAGCAGUAGCUGCGGGAUGUACUUGGGCCGUCAGCAGCAGCAGCCCGGUCGUUUGUGACGACGGUAAAGAGACCAACUCAUAUGACAGUUGGAAGCGGGAUAGGAUUGGGGAAUAUGAGAACCGCUUGCGAAAAUUCUCGCACCCGCUAAAGGUCUUCCACUACUUUGCAUCAGUGCGAAAGCAUGGCGAACCGCACAUGACUACUGAAGAUUUUAUUCGGUCGCUCGUACCCUACCGAAGUUACUACGGAUCGGCUACAAGGAAGUGA